CGUUGUCCAGAGAAAUGGCAAAGAAAAAGUAAAAAAGCAAAAGGAGAAAUGCACAUGUCUGCCAAAGGAACCGUUGUACCAGCGAGAACUAUUGGAGCAAAAUGUAAAUGUCAAUUAAAAUAUUUUGAGCUGAUUGGUGACGAUAAGAUUCGGAAGAUUUUCGAAGAAUUUAAUAGAAUUGGCGAUAAGCAGAAGCAAGAUAUUUACUUGGCUGGAUUGAUUAUUCCUCGAACAGUUGCCAGAAGACGGAGCAGGGCUGAAACGGGAAAAGAAAAAGAAACUUCUUUCAAAUAUAAGGUUCGGGUUAAUGGACAAGAAUAUCCAGUUUGCAAGAAUGCAAUGUGGGCUAUCCAUGGCAUAACAAAAUUUAGAGUAGAAAACAUUGCCAAAUCUCUUAUUUUUUAUCCAAAUCCAAUAUUGUGUUCCAACCGGACAUGCGAGGUAGACACCUAAACGGGCCGAAUAAGAUCCUGGAAAAUAUUGUUAAAACUAUAGAUGAUCAUAUAAGAAGUUUCCCCCGACGAUCUUCCCAUUAUAGUAGGGAGAAAAACGAUGGACGAUACUAUUUGCCGGCAGAGUUAAAUGUUACUAAAAUGCACAAAUUAUUUUUAGAAAAAUAUGAGCCCACAGUUUUUGCAGAAAUGCAAGACAGCAAAGAAAGCAAACCACAAGUAACUUAUGAUUAUUAUCAUCGUUAUUUUUUGCACAACUUUAAUAUAAGUUUUGGCUCACCAAGAUCUGAUACAUGUCAGAAAUGUGAUCGUCUACAAAACAUGAUUAAUGCGGAGCAGAUCGUCGAAAAUAAAGCAUCCUUGCAAGCUGAGAAAGAGCUACACAUACGUAAAUCUGAAGUGUUUUAUACUUCAUUAAAAGAAAAGUCGGGAAUAGCUUUGAAUGAUCCCUCUGUCGAAGUGCUAUGUUUUGACUAUGAGCAAAAUUUACCAUUACCCCAUGUCCCCGCUGGCGACGUCUUUUAUAAGCGACAACUCUGGGUGUAUAACUUUUGCGUACACUCUGCAAAAAGUGGAACUUCUGUUUUUUAUAUGUAUGACGAAGUCACGUCGAAAAAGGGGAGUAAUGAAGUAAUUAGCUUUUUGAAUCAUUAUAUAAAUACUUACCUGCCUGAUACUGUACGAACAUUGUAUCUAUUUUCCGACAAUGCCUUCGCCCAAAAUAAAACAUUAGUAAAAUACUUGUAUACUCUUACGAACAUCAACCAGAAGGGUAUUUUGAAUAUCGUCCAUCAGUAUCCAGAGCCAGGGCAUAGCUUCCUGCCAUGCGACCGAUCAUUUGCUUUAAUCGAAAAGGCUA